GAGGUUGCGACGUUUGUCUGGAUUGUGAACGCCGAGACAACUGCGAAAACGUGCUGGACAAACAUCCCCAUAUCCGAGGCAUUGUUAGGGGGAAAGGCGCGGUGCAAUGGCGUUAACACAGGUGUCUUCCAGCAAGUGUUGUGGCGGCUACCAGAAAGUGUUCGAGCACGACAGCACUGAGCUGAAGUGCAAAAUGAAGUUUGCCAUCUACCUUCCUCCUAAGGCAGAGAGUGCCAAAUGCCCUGUUCUUUACUGGCUCUCAGGAUUGACGUGUACAGAGCAGAAUUUCAUCACUAAAGCUGGAAGCCAGCAGGCUGCAUCAGAACAUGGCAUCAUCAUCGUGGCCCCAGACACCAGCCCACGGGGCUGCAGCAUUGAGGGGGAAGAUGAAAGCUGGGACUUUGGAACCGGUGCUGGUUUUUAUGUGGAUGCCACACAGGACCCUUGGAAGACCAACUACCGCAUGUACUCCUACGUCACAGAGGAGCUACCACGCCUAAUAAAUUCUAACUUCCCUGCUGACCCAGAAAAGAUGUCCAUCUCGGGCCAUUCUAUGGGUGGUCAUGGUGCCCUCAUCUGUGCCCUGAAGAACCCUGGGAAAUACAAGGCUGUGUCAGCUUUUGCCCCUAUCUGCAAUCCAAUACAGUGUGCCUGGGGACAAAAGGCCUUUUCUGGAUACCUUGGACCUGAGAAAUCCACCUGGGAGGCUUACGAUUCAACAGUUUUGGCCGCUUCUUACUCUGGGCCAGAGUUGGACAUUCUUAUUGAUCAGGGCCGUGAUGAUCAGUUCCUGUCUGCCAGUCAGCUUCUUCCUGAUAACCUGAUUGCUGCCUGCUCAGAGAAGAAGAUACCUGUGGUAUUCAGACUCCAGCAGGGCUAUGACCACAGCUACUACUUCAUCUUUUCUUUCAUUAAUGACCACAUCAAGCACCAUGCCAAGUACCUGAAUGCAUAAGACUGCUCCAGACAACAACAGUAAACAAGCACUAUUGCACAUCACAAAUACCUGAACAUGCAUUAUGUAGUGGUGGGUAUAGCUUUGGGUUAACUUGUCAUGUUCUUGUCUAUAUCAGUUUUGUCAAAUAAAGGCUAUUGGUAUAUU